GCCAUUGCGUUCCGCCAUUUUGCUUGGUCGUGUAGUGAACGUAAAAUUUAAUCCUAUGUAUUUUAUCGGGGAUAUAUUUGUUAUUUAGUUUAAAAUUAGUGUAUCAAUACACUAAUGGCUUGCUUAAAUACACUUAAGUUAGAAAUUAAGACCUUAGAACAAGUUUUUCCCAAAAAUCAUGAACGGUUUCAGAUAAUGUCUGCUAGUGUCGACGAACUGACCUGCAGAUUCGUUGGCAGAAAUGGCAAGAAAUAUGAAAUACAUGCUAAUAUUACCGAAACAUACCCCAACACACCACCAGUUUGGUUCGCUGACAGUGAAGAUCCUAUUGUGACAAAUGCUGUACAGAUCCUCAGUAAUACACAGGGGAGAGACAAUCAUGUCAUAAACCAAGUUGGUAUAUUGUUGAGAGAGCUAUGCAAAUUACAUGGUGUCCCUGAACCACCAGAUUUAGAUUCCCUCGCAUUACCAGUCCACCCUGCUCCACAACAGAGAUUACCCAGCGUCACGUCAAAUGGUGCAGAGUCAGGCACUGAGGAGGAUGAAGAAAUGGCUGCCGAAGAGGAUGAAUCUGAGGGCGAGGACGAUUUGCCUUUAGAAAUGGUUGAUGAUGCUGGACGCAGCAAUAAGGACGACAUGGAGACUGAACACCUGGCGACGUUAGAGCGGCUGCGGCAGAACCAGCGCGCUGAUUACCUGUCGGGUAGCGUGUCCGGCAGCCUGCAGGCGACUGACCGCCUCAUGAAGGAGCUGCGCGAUAUAUAUCGCAGCCACUCGUUCAAGAAUAAUAUGUAUUCCAUUGAGCUAAUAAAUGAUUCCUUAUAUGAAUGGAACAUCAGGCUUCGGUCAGUGGACCCAGAUAGCCCUCUACACAAUGAUCUCUUGCUGCUGAAAGAAAGAGAAGGCAAAGAUUCCAUCCUGCUCAACAUUAUGUUCAAAGAGACCUACCCGUUCGAGCCGCCCUUUGUACGUGUUGUUUACCCAAUCAUAUCAGGUGGCUACGUAUUAGUAGGCGGCGCAAUCUGCAUGGAACUACUGACCAAGCAAGGAUGGUCGUCCGCGUACACAGUGGAGGCGGUUAUAAUGCAAAUAGCCGCCACAUUGGUCAAAGGAAAGGCCCGCAUACAGUUCGGCGCCACCAAAGUUGUCUCACAGUCGCAGUACUCGCUGGCGCGCGCGCAACAAAGCUUCAAGUGCCUCGUGCAGAUUCACGAGAAGAAUGGUUGGUUCACACCUCCGAAAGAGGAUGGCUAAUGCAGGCCGCACUGCUCUAACAUUUAAGACUAACGUGCAACAGUUGACAGUCGACGCCCGAACGGAUCACACUCAAUCAGACAAGUGGCUUUAACAGUUUGCCUGGUCUUAAAUAAAAUAUUCCACACAGUUCGUAACGCGAAACAGUUUUAUGUUUAUAUCUCAAGUAUUGUAUGUAACUUUAAUUGUUAAGUGCUAUUGAAUGUUUUUGAUAAGUGCGGGCGUUCACGAGAGACUUUAUAAGACUUAUAGGAAAUGUUUAAAUGUGUAACGUUUUUUGUAAUCAUUAAUUUCUCAUUUAAAAAAAAACAAAGUUAUCCACAUGGUAGCCGCCUUAGACGUUACUGGAGUGUGAAGUUGGAAAAGUUCUUUGCAUUUCUCUUUAGUUAUGGAAAUAAAAGAAAAACCUGUGAUUCUUAUUUUAAAUGUCUUUCAAUGUACCCUAUUUGUGAUUGUUUUUAUUUUUUGCCGGCACGUAAGCAUACGUGGCGAGUAUAAAUAUGUGGGAAUGAUGUGUUUUUAUUAGUAAAAAUGUUUUCCAUCUGCACUGAUUAAAUUGAUCCUCAGAAAUUGUAACCUCUAUAAUACGAAGCUAUAGGUAUUUGUUGAUAAGUAAGACUGAAUACUUGUCUUAGGCGUAUUCUUUAUCAAAAGAAACCGGGGGCGUAAAAUUGGAAAAAUGUAAAUAAACAGCGA